AUCAUUUAACAUUGUUCUUUCGGUGGCGAGUGUUGUUUAAAUAAACUUUAAAUUAGUUAAUUAAAACAAAAAAACUGGUUCAUAAUUAUCUAUUUAAGUAAAAUAAGCAAAUAAAGUGCAAUAUUAGAUAUAAAGCAAUAAAACAAAAAAGCUUUCUUUCUUUACUGCCAAUGUAUUAGUUUGUACUUGUGUAUUUCAAUAAUAAAACUAAAGUGCCUAUUUAAAAGUUAAUAAUUUUUAAUAAUAAUAUAAAGUUUUCCAGUAAUCAUUGGGUCAUAUUUUUUUGCUUUAGCUAUAUCAAUGACUUAUUUUACCAAAUACACUAUGCUUGCCUAAAGAACUGACAACUAUUAAAACAUUAAUUUAAGCAGCAAACUACUUUUUAACUCUAAAAUAUACCAAGGAAACUGUUUACAAGGACAAACGAUUUCUGCUGUAGAUCGUGAUUCCUUUGAGAAAUUUUAAAGGUUUUUUUUUUUGGUUUACUUAAUUUAUAUAAAAAAUGUGCUGCAAUUGUUGCAGCGUUAACCAGCGUAAAGCUUGGGUUUAUGGCUUGGGUACUUUGUUUGCCACUUUGGGUGUAAUCCUAUUAGUUUUAUGGGGAAAUUGGGCGGAAUCAUUAGUACAAAGUGGUUUAGUUUUGAAAGAAGGCAGUGAUGCUUACGACAGUUGGGUGGAGGCACCUAUACCUAUUUACUUAACAUUUUACAUGUUCAAUUGGACAAAUCCCCAUGAGGUGCGCAAUCCUAAGGUUAAGCCACAUUUCGUAGAAAUGGGUCCUUAUGUUUUCCUAGAGAAACAUUUGAAAGAGAAUAUAACCUUCUAUAACAAUGAUACGGUUUCGUAUUAUGAAAGAAAAUCUUGGUUUUUCCAACCUCAAAUGUCGAAUGGUACUUUAGAUGAUAUGUUGACUUCGGGUCAUGCUAUAACAGCGACAGUUGCCGAUGAAAUGCGCCAUUCAAAUAGAUUUUUAAAGAAAAUUAUUAACUUCAUGUUAAAUCACGAGGGCGGUAAACUUUAUGCCACAAAACGUGUAGGUGAUUGGAUAUUUGAUGGUUAUCAAGAUGAUUUGGUAGACUUUUUAAGACUAUUCAAUACCACCAAAAUAGAUAUACCCUACAGCAAAUUUGGUUGGCUGGUAGAUCGUAAUAAUUCCCUAGAAUAUGAUGGUUUAUUUACAAUCUAUACAGGCGUAAAGGAUAUAACGAAAUUGGGUCAACUAACACAUUGGAAUAAUAAAAAUGAGACUGGAUUUUAUGAUCCACCUUGUGGUGUGGUAAAUGGCACCACUGGCGAUCUCUUUCCACCUCAUUUAGAUCCAGAGGGUGAAAUAACCAUAUUUGCCACUGAUGCCUGUCGUUUCAUGAACUUGCAGCCGAAUGGUACAAUCGAAAAGCAUGGUUUAAAAGCCAUUCAAUGGGUGGGAACCGAUGAAACUUUAGAUUCUGGUGAAAAUUUUCCCAAUCAACAGUGUUUCUGUGAUCCACGUCUGGAAGAAUGUCCCAAAACUGGUGUAGUUGAAUGUAAAAAAUGUCGUGAUAAUGCUCCGAUUUAUGCCUCAUUUCCACAUUUCUAUUUGGCCGAUGAGUCAUAUCUAAAUGCAGUGUCUGGUUUGAAACCCGAUCCUAAGAAACAUAAGUUUAUAUUGGCAGUAGAACCUAUAACUGGAUUGCCUGUGGAAAUCAAUGGCCGCUUACAGAUAAAUAUGAACAUGAUAGCCGAUAAAGAUUAUGAUAUCUUCCGUGGCAUUAAUGAGUUUUUAAUGCCUUUGUUUUGGUUUGAUCAGGCGGCUUACUUAAGUCCUGAAUUGGCUAAAAAAGCCAGAUUGGCUAUUCACUUGGAAGAUUAUGGUCGUUACUUUGCCAUUGCCUUAAUUUGUUUAGGAGGUGUUUUCUUUAUUACCGGCAUUGCUCUGACUCUAACUAAACGUUGGAAACGUACACCCAACGAUGAUGAAGAUAUGUUAACUAAUUAAGUUUGUUUUAUUUUUUAAACAUUUCUACGUAUUAGGUUUUAACAAAAACUUGUAAUUUUAGUCUCUUUUUCUAUUCAUUUAUUGUGCCAAAUUUUAGUUUUUUUAUACUAAUUUAUUUGUGUAUAUAUUUUCACUACACUCAUUAUCACUAGUUUAUUAUUAUAUAUAUUUUUUUUGUUCUUCUAAAAUUUAAUAUUUUAUUGCCUUAUUAUGUAUUUAAAAUUUAG